GUGAGAGGCGCUAGCGGCGGCGGCGGUGGUGGUAGCGGCGGCAGCUGUGAGGGGGUUCCGGGAAAAUGGUGCUGAUUAAGGAAUUUCGUGUGGUUUUGCCAUGUUCUGUUCAGGAGUAUCAGGUUGGGCAGCUUUACUCUGUUGCAGAAGCUAGUAAGAAUGAGACUGGCGGUGGAGAAGGAAUUGAAGUCUUAAAGAAUGAACCUUAUGAGAAGGAUGGAGAAAAGGGACAGUAUACACACAAAAUUUAUCACCUAAAGAGCAAAGUUCCUGCAUUCGUGAGGAUGAUUGCUCCUGAGGGCUCCUUGGUGUUUCAUGAGAAAGCCUGGAAUGCAUACCCCUACUGUAGAACAAUUGUAACGAAUGAAUAUAUGAAAGAUGAUUUCUUCAUUAAAAUUGAAACAUGGCACAAACCAGACUUGGGAACAGUAGAAAAUGUACACGGUUUAGAUCCAAACAUAUGGAAAACUGUUGAAAUUGUCCACAUAGAUAUUGCAGAUCGAAGUCAAGUUGAACCAGCAGACUACAAAGCUGAUGAAGACCCAGCAUUAUUCCAGUCAGUCAAGACCAAGAGAGGCCCUUUGGGACCCAACUGGAAGAAGGAGCUAGCAAACAGCCCUGACUGUCCUCAGAUGUGUGCCUAUAAGCUGGUGACCAUCAAAUUCAAGUGGUGGGGACUGCAGAGCAAAGUAGAAAACUUCAUUCAGAAGCAGGAAAAAAGGAUAUUUACAAACUUUCAUCGCCAGCUUUUUUGUUGGAUUGACAAGUGGAUCGAUCUGACAAUGGAAGACAUUAGGAGGAUGGAAGAUGAGACUCAGAAAGAAUUAGAAACAAUGCGUAAGAAGGGUUCCGUUCGAGGCACGUCGGCUGCUGAUGUCUAGAUGAGUCCCCUGUAGGGUCAGAGACAAUAUGAAACUGUUUACGUAAUCAAGGUCAAGUGAGGGGAACAAGUGCAGCCAGUGAUGAGUGAAGAAGAAUCUGACCAGUCUCUUACAGUGUUGAAGUUUCCCAGCGUCUGCUUGUGAUGAUAUACACACAUGCACAGGUUCCCAGCCACAUGUGUGUACAUGUGUACAUCUAUAGCUGUAUAUAAAACGCACGGAGAGCUACAGAUCCAGAUACACGUUUGUGUAUAUAUGUACAUACAAACAUACUGAAGGGAUUAGUACAAUUUCUCCAAAGUACUGUACCUAUCUUCAGCAAGAAUGCAAAAGAAAAUAUUUUCAAUAUAUAUACCUGGAACAGAUUUUAAUAAGUAUCAGAGUAAUACCAUUAAUGGACAAAUUUGACUGCAUUGUAAUACUAGCUGGUAUGUUUCAUAAAUGUCAAACUGUGGACCAAUAUAUAUAGCCUUUUGUUAUUUUUCUGUUCUUUUAAAUCAGUCUCUUAUAAAUUUUUAUUUUAGUCCCAUAAGCAGCAGACUCCCACAGAAAAAUUUCUUCAAAAUUUUUUGGUAUUCCAGUGAAUCUGGAAUGUAAACUCAGAAUGUAUUUAUAAUUAUUUAUUUCUGGACGGUUAUUAUCUUGUAGCCAAAUUUGACAAUAUCUAUUAAGUAAGGAGUAAAGUUACAGGCCAGUUUUUACUUAUUUGCCCUGAGGGAAAAAUCCUUUUAAAAAAAAUUUGUGUUUUUUAUUGGAUUUUUGUAUUUUAAAUUUCAAAUAUUUUUCUAUAUCAAACCUAGCAAAAAUGGAGAUGACGGUUUGUGAUUUAUAGUAAACACUAGACAAUUUUCAGGCUCCUAUUAGACAAAUUGAUGAAGAAAUUAAUAAUAUUGUAGGCUAUGUAGAAAAAUUGAAAGUAUGGCACUUCCGUGGAGUCUCGUUUUGGAAAUGAUUUUUCUGGAUUAACAGUUUGGAAACUAUGCAAAUGGUCUAGGUUCCUCACAGCUCACACGAUACAAUGUAGAUAGUGAUGACAUUUUGCUCUUUUCAUGUUAAAAUGCGCUUCAAGGAGGAGAUGCUGCCUUUGAGAUAGAAGUUUGAGACACAGCGUGAGUCUUGCCUGCGCACGAUUAGGGGGCCCUGCCAAGGGGCCCAGUGGAGCUGACUCUGGGACACACUCCCGAGUAGGAUGUCAUCAGAACGUAUCCUGACUUCCUGAAUGGGCAUCAUGAGGAUGCUGGUUAGAAGCCGCUGCCACCUUUUUUUUUUUUUUUAAAGAACAAUAGCUAGGUAAGAUUUUUAUAAGCUUUCUCUGUCCGAAUCCAGUUUUUCUCCUGUCAGUCCUGGAAGCUUGAAUAGAAUCAUUGUUGAAGCGUUCAGGUCACAAACUGUCUUUUUUAACCUCCCGUCCCUCCUAAAACACGCCAACCCCUGCAGUCAGAUCACAUUAGUGAUCUGAUUUGCCGACAGUCCUGCCCUCCCUGCCCCUCAUUUUCCCACAUGUCCCGUGUCCCCACUGGAGCGACUGCAGCGAAUCAGACGAGGAAGGAUGUUUGGGAUCACUGCUGCAUUGCGAUACCCUGUUAUCCUCAGCAGCAAAUCCCACAUUUCCUACAUCCUUUGUGUACUCAGGAUGAAGACUGAUGUUUACUCUCUGGGCACUGUCGUAAGAUAGGUUUUGCUAGAGCAUAACCAUUGUCUGCAAAGCGUUUGGUGCGAGGAAGAUUAUUGCUAAUUUUGUGAAAUAAAGAGUCUAGCCCUCUCUUUUUAAUGAACUUAACUCUCACUGGCAUCUGUAGUAUCGUUGGGAGCUUGGGCACACAUGGAAAUGAGAGCCCGGCGCAUGGAUUUUAAUGUUUUUCUAACAACUGUGGAGAUUUGAGGGAAUGUGUGGUGAAUGUAAAAUACCUAGUUUACUUGGCAGUCUCUUGUGUAAAUUACAGUAAAACAAAGUAAAUGAAAUUUAAACAAAAAAUAAAUUUGAUCACAAAAUGCCA